CACACUUUCGCACCCAUCAGAAGUUGCAAUUGUGAAAGAAGAUUCGAGGGUAUUGAAUCGUUUUGGAUUUAAGACGGGGAGACUCGCAAUUUGGAAGAAAAGAUGGGGAGAGGCGUCGUAUUGGCGGGUUUCUUGGUCGUCGCAAUGCUGGCUUGCCUCGGAGGUGCGGCGGCGACAGAGUAUGUAGUCGGCGAUAGCCGAGGUUGGACCACGUCGAACAUCACUGUUGGGUAUUACGACGAGUGGGCCGCCAACAAAACUUUCAGGGGCGGCGACAGUUUGAAGUUUGUAUGGAAUGGGAUGCACAACGUCGCGAACGUAUCAAGAGAAGAAUACGACAACUGCACUAAAGUGGUCUCAUAUUUCGAGGGUGGCGAAGCCUUUACGUUCACAUUGCCAGCGGACGCAAGUGGCUCAUACUAUUUCAUCUCCACCGUUGAUGCUGAUUGCGAGAAUGGGCUGAAGCUAGCCAUCAGCAACAUCGUUAGCCUGACCCCAACCGAGUCACCGAAUAGCUCAGCUUCCUCAAUCACCGCCGGCGCCUUGUCUGUGCUGGUUCUCGUAUCAUCAAGCAUCAUCGCAAUGUUUAUGAACUAGAUUUGGGUCAUAGGGGAGGAGGAUGAUGAAUUUUCCUUUUUUAGCUCGUGUUAAUUUGGUUGUUCAUUGGUCAUUCAUAUUUAUGUAUUGUAUGGAAUAAAAAGAGGGUCCUGUAAGGUCAUUCAUAUUUAUGUAUUGUAUGGAAUAAAAAGAGGGUCCUGUAAGUUUUAGAUGUCA